AUGAGUAAUCAGCAGGAGAGAACGUUAGGGCCCUUGGUGGAAAGGAUUUUGGCUCAGCCAGUCGAAUUUCAGCCAGCCAAGCGUCCAGAUUCUGUAACCGUUAAACCAUCUAGCUACGUUUCAUUUGGUAGCGUGUCGGCCGCGCCACUGACCCAAACUCUCAAGCGAGGUUCUUCGCCAGACCCCAAAAGUGGUGGGGACAAAUCCAAGAAUCUGAAACCCAAACCAAAAUCUAUGGCUGAAGCUAUAGCAGCCUACACGCAGAAGAAACUGUUGCCCAAGGUAUUAAGCACCACUGAGAAUGCACCAUUGGAUGAUGAUCUGGGAGAAGAUCUGGAAGACUUGAACCACAAAAGUUCGGAAUCUCCUUCUGUUGAUAGCGAUGCGCACCAGGACACCGAUUUCAAGGCCAGCAAGGAAGAACAAGAAGAGCACGAAGUAGACAAAGAGGAUGAUGAGGACGAUGACAAUGAUGAUGGUGAUGAGGACGAGGAUAGUGAUUAUCAUACCGCUGAAAGCUCGGAUGGACUGCAAUCUGAGGAUUCCGGUUCAGAUGCCGAAACCAAUCUUGAUCACGAUGUGCCAUCGGCCACUAGUGAUACUGGUUCAGACAAAGAGGACAAUGGUAGUACCAACUCUAACUCCAGCUCAGCUACUGCAUAUUUAUCAGAAGUUGAAUCCCUGAAGAGAGACUCCGCACUAAAACAGGCAACUCCACCUACAUCUCCAGAAAACGAAGAAGAGAUCGAGGCAAAAAGAAAAGUCUUUGCUACCGAGGCCGAUUUUUAUCAGUUGAAUGAGUUAUAUGACGACAGAGGGUCCAACAAUUCCACUCGUAUAUGCAAGAAUUGGAGACAAAUGUCAAAAUCUCGUCCUUUAGGUCUGUUAAACCACGGAGUUACAUGUUACAUGAACUCUGCAGUUCAAGCUCUGAUUCAUAUUCCUGCUUUCCAGCACUAUCUUAACGACGUCUGCCGUAAUAAAUACCAAUCGGUUAUUGCUCCAAAUAGUGUUACUAAGACAUUGGCAGAAACAUCCGCUAAGAUGUGGCAAUUGGAAAAAUCCCCCGGACGCAACACGCCUCUCCAUAUAAAUCCAAAGAAACUCAUUCGAAGGUUAGAAGAGAUCAAUUGCAUGAUGUCAAAAUGGCAACAAGAAGACUCUCACGAGUAUUUGAUGUCUUUAAUGUCAAGACUACAGGAAGAUUCCACUCCUAAAGGUGUUAAACUUAGAGCGAGUAUCAUUCAUGAUAUUUUUGGAGGUUCAUUGCACCAAAAAGUUACCUGCAAGAAUUGCGGCCACAUCAGCGAAACUCAACAAGAUUUCUAUGAUCUUUCACUCAGUCUUGAUAACCGUAAACGCAAGUCUGCUAGUGAAACUGACCAUGUUCGCACUGCCAACACGGAAGCCAAUUCUGAUUCCACCAAUGAAGUAGAAAAUUCAAGCACAGCCGGUAACGUUCAGCAUGAUGUCCAACAAUCCACUGGAUCCCGAUAUUCUAUUGAACGUUCAAUAAAGGAUUUCUUCUCCUCAGAAUUGAUCAAAACCGAUAAGAAAGACAAGACUGGUUACGUUUGCGAAAAAUGCAAUAAACGAACCAACGCUGUGAAAGUUUCAACUAUUGAUACUGCACCCGAGUCGCUUAUAAUUCAUCUUAAACGAUUUCGUUACGAUGGGAACUCUAACUCGUCCACAAAGGUCAAGACUGGCGUCUCAUACCCUGAAACCCUAGAAAUGACGGAAUACACUACAACCAACUUUCCUGCUCGUUAUAAAUUACUUUCUGUGAUUCUUCAUGAGGGCCGUUCCGUUUCUUCAGGGCAUUACAUUUGUUAUUCCAGACAACCAGACAAUACAUGGGCUAGCUACGACGACGAAUACGUCAACACAAUGCCUGAAAAACAGGCCCUCAAAGAUCCUUCAGCCUAUGUGUUGGUUUAUCAACGGAUCACCCACAAGAGCAUUUUAGAACCUUCCAGUGCGACAUCGCUCAAGCGUUCUAAACCAUCCUCCCCUCAUUCCAAGAGAACUAAGCGCUGA